AUGGUUCGAGUUUAUAUCACUUUUGUUGUUUUGAUUCUGGCGGUAUUAAAAUUCUCCGAUGCCACUGAUUACUGCAAUAUUGGAACUUGCGCUCCAGGAGUUCAUACUAUGUGUCUUUUCCAGAAUCCUGCACCUCAAUGCCAAGCAUACUGUGUAGGUUUGACUGAUCAAGAAAAGCAGCUUAUUUUGAGCAAGCACAAUGAAUUAAGAAGAAAAGUAGCUGCUGGAAUGGAAACUGAUGGAAGUCCAGGUCCACAACCAGCUGCAAAAUGCAUGCCAGAUCUUGUAUGGGACGAUGAACUUGCAACUAUAGCCCAAAGAUCAGCCAAUACCUGCAAAUUCCAACAUGAUCAAUGUCGAGAUGUUGAGAGAUUCCGAGUAGGUCAAAACAUCGCCUACAGUGGAUCUACUGAACCAAAUUAUUCUCCUGACAUAACGACACUUGUACAGAUGUGGUAUGACGAAGUCAAGUUAUUCAGCGGACAAUGUGUCACAAAUUAUAGCUUCAAUCCAGCAGUUGGUCACUACACACAGUUGGUUUGGGCCCAGUCCACUUACUUAGGUUGCGGAGCAGUCAAGUACAAUGAAGAAGGAUUCAACAAAGUUUAUUUAGUUUGCAAUUAUGGACCAGCUGGAAAUGUCAUUGGCCAAGCAAUUUACGAAAUUUAA